AUGGCUCCAAAAGGAAAGAAGGUCGCCCCAGCUCCUUUGGCUACCAAGGCUAGCAAGAGCACCGGUUCUAAGAACCCUUUGAUUGAAUCCACUCCAAGAAACUUCGGUAUUGGUCAAGCUAUCCAACCAAAGAGAGCCGUCAACAGAUUUGUGAAAUGGCCAGAAUACAUCAGAUUGCAAAGACAGAAGAAGGUGUUGUCCAUGAGAUUGAAGGUUCCUCCAGCCAUCUCCCAGUUCUCCAACACUUUGGACAGAAACACUGCUGCUGAGGUGUUCAAGCUCUUGAACAACUACAGACCAGAGACUGCUGCUGAGAAGAAGGAGAGACUCACCAAGGAGGCCGCUGCUAUUGCUGACGGUAAGAAGAAGGAGGACGUCUCGUCCAAGCCAUUUGUUGUCAAAUACGGAUUGAACCACGUUGUCUCUUUGAUCGAGAACAAGAAGGCCAAGUUGGUUUUGAUCGCUCACGAUGUUGACCCAAUCGAGCUUGUUGUUUUCCUCCCAGCUUUGUGCAGAAAGAUGGGUGUUCCAUACGCCAUUGUCAAGGGUAAGGCUAGACUCGGAACCUUGGUCCACCAAAAGACCAGUGCUGUUGCUGCUUUGGUCGACGUCAGACCAGAGGACGAGGCUACUUUGGCCAAGCUUGUCUCCACCAUCAACGCUAACUUCACCGAGAAAUACGAGGACCAGAGAAGACACUGGGGUGGAGGUAUCAUGGGAUCCAAGACUACUGCCAAGUUGGCCAAGAGAGCUAGAAUUGCUGCUGCUGCUCCAAAGAGAGUCGAGGCUUAA